GGGCAUGUCACCAUCUGCUCAACUCGUUAAUGGCCAUAGCACGGCAGUCCAAGCGGUUGGGAGGCUAAGUGAAUAUGGUAAUUCUAAUGCCAAUAUCUCACCCUGCGGUGUGCUCCUCUUGUUGUCUGCCAUCGCUGCCUUUGUAGCACAGUCGGAAGCAGUUUCUAUUGUUCAAGGACCUCAGAGCUUUAAUAAGCCUUGGUUCCUUCUUUACGUUGCCCAUGGGUGUUAUGUCAUCAUAUUACCUUUACAGUACUUGUACUGCCGGAUAGUAUAUCACGACACCCCACAGGACUAUGUGGGUCGUAUCACUAGAGUUGCUGAAGACUUGCCCGCAAACGAUGGUCAGGGUACAUAUCGGAUGCUGAUCAGAAGGACUUUGUGUUUAAAUGCGUUCUUUACCGCCGGUGCCUACUCGUGGUACCUUAGCGUCUCACGCAUUGCCCUGGGGGAACUGACAGCGAUAUACAACUCAAGCUGCUUCUUCACAUAUCUGCUUUCGGUGUUAUUGUUGAACGAACGGAUCCGACGCGCAAGACUGUGCGCCGUGUUCAUAUGCGUCGCUGGCAUCAUUGCAAUAUCCUGGGCUGAUCCCAAAGAGGAAUCGUCCGAGAACCCUUCUUCCCAAUCGGUCGGGUAUAUGUUUGCUAUAUCAUCGUCUUUUUGGGUGGCCGGCUACGAGGUGUUCUACAAGAAGUUCCUGGUGCCCUUCCAACCCUCGAUGCUCCUAUCACUACACAUCACGUCCCUUAUUGGACUCACGACACUACUGUUUGGGGUCCCGCCAAUUUUCCUUUUUCAUUAUACGGGAUGGGAGUCUUUUGAAAUCCCAGAUUUGCGGUCGUGUGCUGUUAUCGCUGUAGUAGCUGCACUGGGCCUCGUGUUCAAUGCCACAUUCAUGCUCGCUAUUGCUUUUUGUGGUCCUCUAAUGGCCGCCAUUGGUAUCAUGUUGACCAUCCCAGUAAUGAGCUCUCUCGACUUUUUCGUAGCAGGUGUGGAUUUCGGCUGGAAUACCGUGAUUGGUUCGCUUGCCAUAAUUGCAGGAUAUGGGCUUUUGCUCAUGCCAUCUCCAGAUGGCGAGUCAUAUUGCGAGGACGAGCAACGCCCGCUGGUGGAAAAGUGAAAAAUCGGCACUUACAUGCAUUGUACAUUUAGCUCAAACGUCUAUAGAUUCUUAAAUCUACGUUGGAAGAAUAUAUAGAAUUCACUCUAG